CCCCGUACCGGAGUCAAUUUUUUUAAGCAUUCGUGUCGUACCGGGUUGAAGUCUCUUGAGCAUCAUUUCUAAAAAUGUCAGAAAAAGGGGAGUUGGAUUUAACUGGUGUCAAGCAAAACACCGGUGUGUGGCUUGUAAAGGUUCCCAAAUAUCUCUCGCAACAAUGGGCGAAAGCGACGGGCAGAGGAGAGGUUGGGAAAAUCCGAAUCUGCAAGAAAGGAAACCAGGGAAAAGCAGAGGUGUCCUUCACAUUGAAUGAAGAGCUGACUGUCAUUGAGGGUAUAGAUGAUAAGACGGUAUCUGCGCCUCGUGAGCACCCAUUCACCAUGCAGACAGUAGGAGGUCAGACGCUGGCGGUGUACACAGAGACUUCAUCAGGCCAGUCAGAAGAGAGAUCUGAUGGCAGCAGCUCAGGUUCGGGGGCAGGUCCAGAUAAAAUAGCCUUGGAGGGCAUGGUUGUGCAAAGAGCAGAGUGUAGACCUGCUGUGAGUGAAAGCUAUAUGAGGCUGAAGAGGUUACAGAUUGAAGAGUCCUCAAAGCCUAUCAGGUUGUCACAACAGCUGGAUAAAGCAGUCACCAGCAACUACAAACCUGUCGCUAACCAUGCCAACAAUCUCGAGUACGAGAGGAAAAAGAAGGAGGAGGGCAAGAGAGCGCGAGCAGAGAAGCAGCAGGUGUUGGACAUGUUGUUUUCUGCUUUUGAAAAGCACCAGUACUACAACAUCAAAGACCUGGUGGAUAUCACGAAACAGCCUGUGAUUUAUUUAAAGGAAAUCUUGCGUGACAUAGGCAUCUACAAUGUGAAGGGAACACACAAGAACACCUGGGAGCUAAAGCCUGAGUAUCGACAUUACCAAGGGGAGGAAAAGACUGAUGAUUGAGUUUCCAACACUCAACACUCAAGGCCAAUGCAACCCCAGCUCUUUUGUCGGAGGUACCUAUCUAGACUUGGCUUUGGUUGGAUCUUUGAGAUCUUACCUGAUUUUUGGUUUUAUUAAAUCAGGCCUCAAAACACACUGGAUGUCAAGAUCGGGUCGAAUUUUACAGAGAAGCAUUUGUACCUUUGGUUUUAGUCUCAAAUCUGAAGUAUCCUCUAGGUAAAGUAGAAGCUUCAGAACUGAAUUAGUCAUCCUGUUCAGAGGCAUAGACAUGGUAUUCUGUAAUGCAAGAGUUAAAUUUAUGAACAACUCGUUCUUUAAUU